CGACGACGUUGAAGUUAAAUGGAGCGAGGUCACAGCUAAGCGAUGCGCGGUCUCCCAUUCUUCGUGGCGAUCACCGCCUUCUACCUGAUGGCCACCACUCAAAGCGUUCCGCUGUUUGAAAGCGUCAGGCUCGAGGAGGCAAGUGAUGUGCCUACGUCUACUUUCGACGGAGGAAUUUCCAGUCAGGAUGAAGAAUUCACCGAUACGCCAGUGUCACUCCACGCUAAUAAUGGGACAAUCCCAUUCGGACGUGGUUCAUCGUGCACCCAACAAUCUGACUGUGACGACGCCCUGGUCUGUCUGCCGUCCAACACCUGUGGCUGUCCGGAACUCGCACCCGUGAUGCUGCAGGAAGCGGACGGCGUCGUAUGCGUCUCAGCCCGGCGGCUGAGCGAGCCCUGCCUGACCGACGCCGAGUGCAGGCACGGCAACGAACACGCACGGUGUCUGGAUUCGACGUGCAGCUGCCAGUCCAUCGACGGGUCUCUCUGUUUCGCCGAUUACCUUGUACGGAGCCCGCUGCCCGCAGCUAUCUUCCCGGCCGCGCUGCUGAUUAUCGGGUUCGUCGUCCUUGGAGUGCUCGGCUACCAUAGGCUGCACAAGCCAAGGUGCGAUAAGGGACGGCAGGUGCAACAGCUGACGUCGUUACCAAAUAACAUCGGCUACUCUGGCCGUGACCGGAUCAAUAAUGACUUCUUCGACGGCAGCCUCAACGAGCACGAAUGUGAUGCUAAUAACUCAGUCUGGAGUUGGCUACGUUCUUUCGUGUCGAGUGUCACGAUGAGACUGGAGGCAGCCAAGCGCCGCUGUCGAUGGUCCUUUUCUGGCCGAAGUCCGCCAUGCGCAAACUCCCCGAAGCGAACGCCGGUAGAUCGGGUCGCAACCCAAACUGGGUACUCCAACGAGACCAGUAUUCCACCUCAGUUAAGCAGCGUACUCCCGUACGCGCCUUCCGGCACCACUGAUGGCACAUCGCCACAAUUUCUGCCCCCAGCGAGUAUUGCUAUGCGACGAACACAUAGCGCGGCUUCAUCUGCAGUGAGCAUGACUGCCUAUCCAGAAGCAAGAAGAGAAGGACGCAUAGCACCGCUCCCGAGGCCAAGAACAAGAAUAUCGACUUUGUCAACUAGCACACUUAUGCCCUGUAAUCGUGCGACAAGACGCGGCACCUGCAGUUCAUCUGCGGCGUCAUCUAAAUAUGGAACCCCGCCGAGUUUCUGGGUGGGCGGCAUGUCUAACCUGUGUGAACCAAUCGAAGAAGGAAUUGCCGAUGAGCCCAAUAACACCGUCAUGUUCACCGAAAGCGAGCUUCAAGGCGGGGUUCACAGAAAUUUCCGGUCGGAGGAGCUUGCGAUGCCGAUACCUACAAGCCUUCGGCCUGUCGUGUCGGACCACGGCCGAUAUGUGGAGGUGAUCUGCCCGGACAGCUAUUCAAACGUCGCUCCAGAGAAGCACAUAGGGUUUUCCUCGGGUCGCUGUUGCGGCGACAGCUGCCCGAACAUACACUUCUACGGGCCCUCCACCGUGUCAUCGAGCAAGCUUUUCGGACGGGGCACAGAGUCUCGCUUGAGGUUGUCCUACGCCGAGCACAGCGCGCGAAAGAGCCUCGAGGCGCUUUUCACCCGCAGUGAGCCGACGUGGCCUCGCGAUCGCGUCGUCGGCAAAGGCCCAGACCGCAAGGCCAGGACAUGGGAAGCGUUGACUGCCCAUGUCAGCGGAGCAAGGCCUAAGGAGACAAGGAAGCGCUUUGUUUCCGCGCAUAUCGGGCAUGGCCGACCGAGUCUUCCGACGACCACCGACCACAGGUCAACAAGCAGGGACGAUUCUGGCUGCCGGUAUGCGGGAGCCACGCGGUCGAUCGGAGCGCCGUCAGUGGCUGCGGCGGGACGGCCAUCUCACGUCCGCUCUUUGGCGUCACCUCUAUGUACACCGAAGCGCGACUUUGGCAGCCCAGGAAGGGGCAGUGUAUCACGUUCACCAGGACCCAUGUCGCUAUCUGACUGCGCCUGCCAGCCCGCUGCCCGGGUGCCGCAGGUCGCCCAAGCGGCGCCAUUUAGUAGCCAAUCGCAGACCCUUGAUUCUGAGCGUGAUAUCGCGGUUCGAUGUGCCGGGCGGAAGGACAGCAGGGGUCCUGCCGUCUCGUCGAAGGUGGCACGCUGAGACCGCUCCAGCGUCCAUCUGUGCGAGGACAACUUUCGCGGCCGGCGCACCGACGCAUCGCUCGAUCUUAAGGUUAGGCCGUGGAAGGUUGUGAUGUCACAGCCAAUGCUCUGUCGGGACAGAUAGGGCAAGUAUAAAUUUCGUACGAAGAUUGCGUCACCCUAGUGUCAUGCUGCGUGCACCCGAUGUUGCCGUGCUACUCGGACCUUUUUAGAGGUGCCUUGCAGAAUAAAGUCUAUUAAA